AAUUAUGCUUUUAUCUAUGUUUGACUUUCAGAUCAACUAAAUCACCAAUAACUCAAAAGAGAAUUCUGAACAUCAUACGGUUUAUGACUUAUGAAAUUUACAAGUAUACUGUACGAAGUCUAUAUGCAACAGAUAAAUUGACUUUUACUCUCUUGCUAACCCUCAAAAUUGACCUUCAAGCACAAAAAAUAAGGCAUGAAGAAUUUCUGACCUUCAUUAAAGGAGGUGCUUCCCUUGACCUGAAUACAGUUGCACCAAAGCCAUAUCGUUGGAUUUCAGAUAUAACCUGGCUGAAUCUUGUAGAGUUGAGUAAUUUGCCUCAGUUUUCAGCUAUUUUGGAACAGGUCACCAGGAAUGAAAAGCAGUGGAAAUCUUGGUUUGACAAACGAUGUCCCGAAGAAGAAAUGAUUCCAGAUGGUUACAGUACCUCACUGGAUAGUUUCCGGUGUCUGCUGCUGGUUCGUUGCUGGUGUCCUGACCGUACAUUACCGCAAGCAAGAAAUUAUAUUGCUGAUACGCUUGGUGAUGUAUACACUGAAGGUGUUAUUCUUGAUUUGGCAAAGGUGUGGGAAGAAAGUGAUAGUCGUACACCAUUAGUUGGAAUGCUUUCGAUGGGAGCAGACCCCAGUAGUAAUAUCGAAGCGCUUGCUAAGAAACAUAAGAUUGAAUGCCAUGCCUUAUCAAUGGGCCAAGGGCAAGAAGUACAUGCACGCAGGUUGCUCCAGCAAGGCCUCCAACAAGGAGGUUGGCUACUGCUACAGAACUGCCAUUUAAGUCUUGACUUCUUAACAGAAAUUGUUGAGACAGUUUUGGAAACAGAAAAUGUGCACUCGCAAUUUCGUCUUUGGGUGACCACAGAAGUCCACCAAAAAUUUCUUAUAAAUUUGUUGCAG